UUAUUGGCAACAAAACAAUAUACAUCAAUUUCAGAAAGUGUCAUUCUUUUACUGUUGAUAAUUGCAACAAAGUUGUCUCAAGGAUUGAUGAAGAGUUGUCAUGCCCAGCACACGAGGAAGCAGAUACAAAGAUAGUAUAUCAUGCAUGUAACAUCAACUAUCCAGCAGAAAUAGUAAUAAGAAGUGCUGAUACCGAUAUUGCGGCUAUAAUGCUUGGUAACAUGCAUCACCUUAAAAGUGAUUCGGUUGUUUGGAUGCUUACAGGCACUAGAAAUAAUUUAAGGUAUGUGGACCUAACCAAAAUACAUGCAGAGUUGGGACUGUUAACUUGUCAGAGCUUACCUGGAUUUCAUGCCAUCACAGGUUGUGAUUUUAAUCCUGCGCUCUUCAGAAAAGGAAAAUUAAAACCGUAUAAGAUAUUAAAAAAAGAUCCAGAGUACCAGGAAGCUUUCAAGAACUUCGGCAACAACGAAUUAAUUAAAAAUUUAAAUCAUCAACAAAAUAUCUUUUAUAUUAUUCAGAGAUUUAUAUGCAAUGUCUAUAAUGUCCCUAAUGUAAUUGAUGUUGAUGCCGCUAGACUUCAAAUGUUCAUCGACUCGUACACAGUCUCCGAUGUAAACGAAGCUUUUGACCGAAAGAAGUUGCGAAAUUUUGACGCUAGCAACCUACCACCUUGCGAACUACUGCAGCAAUUUCUGCGAGCAAAUUAUAUAUGUACAAUUUGGAAUAAUGCUCAUUUAAAAAAUCCAACCACAUAUCAACCAGAAAAUAAUGGCUGGGUAUUAAAAGAUGACAAAUACCAGUUCAAAUGGUUUGAAGGGGAUCAACUGCCGAGUUAUGUUAGUGAUUCACUCAAAACUCAAUCAGACACUGAAGAAGAAGGUGAUGUUGAGGACGAUUCUGCCAUCGACUGGAGUAGUAGUGAUGAAGAAAAUGAAAACAUCGACGACAAUGUUUAAAUUAAUAA